CCGGCUUGCUAGGGGCCGGGCGGCCUUGCAAGUUGCAUAACAUCAAACUUCGAAGCUUCUCACAUCACCAGACUCAGAGUUGGACGGUGAGGCGAGUUGGGGCGCUGCCACCGUACCAAGCUGGCAUGGGGGAUUCGUUGGUGACAGCCCUCGGGGCUGGCAUUGCGUUUCCUCCAACUCUGGGUACUGGAUACACGGCGGUGGAUGCCAAGCGAUCCAGAUUGGGGGAGGCUGCCGACAGUCGGUCGUCACUGACUCCUGUAUCCAAGGUUUUGAAAUCAGACUCAAGGCUCCUUCACUCGUCUUUCGUCGACCGCUCCCUGAGCACCACCCUGUUUGCCGCCCCCACCACCAGCGGGAGGACUGAUCCACACACUCCAGCCCUGCAUGGGAAGCCCCACUUGAGAAGAAGGCGAAAUGGGCUCAUAGUCAAUGCUGCAGCAAAGACCCUGAUUGGGUCCAUAUCUGUGAACACGGCAGAGAAUGUUGCGGCGUCCCUGGCCAAAUCGUCGGUGGUGCCAGGCGAAGUCCUGCUAGCGGCAGAGGGGCUGGUCAAGACGUUCGAUGGAGACCGUUACCUGUUUCAAGAUCUCAAUCUGACUGUAGCGCGAGGCCAGAAGAUUGGGCUAAUUGGCCACAAUGGGUCUGGGAAAACAACCCUCCUGCGGAUUCUGGCCGGCCGCGAGAAGCCCGACCAAGGAUCAGUGCAGCAGCGCAAGCAGAUCAAUGUGGGCUUCCUAGAACAGGAGCCUCCCAUGGAUGGCGAGGCCACCAUUUUGGAGGCGGUCAUCUCCGCGGACACUCCCCUGAUGGCAGCCGUCCGGCAGUACGAGAAGGCGGCCGCCAGCAUGGCCAAGGGCAACGGCGCGGCGGGCGACAAGCAGUUCCAGGCGGCCAUGGAAAAGAUGGACGCACUGCAGGCCUGGGACGUGGCCAGCGAGGCGCGCCAACUGCUGGACGUGCUCGGGGUGGGCUUCUACGACCAGCGGGUGUCCAGCCUGAGUGGCGGCCAAAAGAAGCGCGUGGCGCUUGCCGCGGCGCUGCUGGCGAAACCGGACCUGCUGGUGCUGGACGAGCCGACCAAUCACAUGGACGUGGAGGCCAUCGAGUGGAUGGAGCGCCUGCUCGGGGCGUCCACCCUCACUGUGCUCCUCGUGACGCACGACCGCUACUUCCUGGACCGCGUCUCCAACGAGAUUGUCGAGAUCAGCGCGGGGAGGGCCUACAGCCACAGCGGGAACUACAGUGCCUACCUUGCCAAUAAGGCGCUUCGAGAGGUCAGUGAAGAAGCGGCCAUCUCGAAAGCAGAGACGAUUUUGCGCAAGGAGACGGAGUGGAUGAGGCGGCAGCCCAAGGCGCGCAGCACCAAGUCGCGGGCUCGGAUUGAUCAGUACUACGCGUUGACCAAGGCGGCAGAGAGGAAAGGAGCCACCAAGGGGCUCCAGCUCGACAUUGGCAGCGAACGCCUUGGAAAGAAGAUUCUGGAGUUGCGCGGCGCGUGCAUGGACUACGGCGAGAUGCGAGUGCUGGACAACUUCAGCUACACCUUCGUGAAGGGCGACAGAGUGGGCGUCGUCGGCAGGAACGGAGUCGGCAAGUCCACUUUGUUGGAGGCGUUUGCGGGCAACUUGGCGUUGAAGAGCGGAGAGAGGGAAGCAGGGGAGACACUGAACAUUGGGUACUACACCCAAGACACGCCGGCCAUUCCCGACGACGUGCGCGUGAUGGACUACUGCCAGCAGUUUGCGGAGGGCGAGGUCCAGCUGGGCCGCGACCAGGGGGGCUUCCUCGGGAACACCGCCGCCACCGGGGAGAAGCAGGGGCUCAACGUCUCGGGCCUGCUCGAGCGCUUCGGCUUCCCCCGGGCCAAGCAGUACGACAGGGCUGGCAAGCUGAGUGGAGGCGAGCGCCGGCGGCUGCACUUGGCGACGGUGCUCAUGAGGAGGCCCAACUUUCUCAUGAUGGACGAGCCCACCAACGACCUGGACCUGCAAACUAUUGAGACGCUGGAGGCAUUUCUGCAGUCGUGGGACGGCUGCCUGGUGGUCGUGUCCCACGACCGCGCCUUCAUGGACUCUGUCGUGGAUUGGCUGCUGGUGAUGGAGGGCGACGGCCAGGUGCGCGCAUUCGAGGGCAGCUAUUCCGACUACACCGACUUCAAGCGCGAGCAGCAGGCCGCGCUGGCCAGCGAGGAGAAGGCUCAAGCAGCGGCGGCGGCCGCGACCUCAGCGGCUGUCAGCCCUUCUUCCGGCUCCAUCAAGCUCACGUACAGCGAGAAGAAAGAGUACGGGCGGCUGGAGAAGGAGAUUGAGAAGCUGACGGGCAAGCAUCGACGACAAGAGCGACCGCUGGUUGGAGUUGGCAGAGCGGGCAGAAGGCUGAGGCCCUUCCGCCUUGAGGCACGUCCUUUGCCGUUGGGGGAUCCGGAACUACUCCGUCUAGACAUCGAGGCUUUUCGGAUCCUGGCACCAACGCCAGCGUAA